AUGUCCAAGGGUCGCGUUUGUCUCGCCUACUCUGGAGCAUUGCCGGUGGCAUGGAUCUGGAUCUCGAUUGCUUUCGACCUGCCCGAUUUGAACAAGACUGACACCCAGAUUCCAGGCCUCGACACCUCCACCAUCCUGAAAUGGCUCAUCCUCGAGGGCUACACUGUUGUGUGCUUCCUCGCCAACGUCGGCCAGCAGGAGGACUGGGCUGAGGUUGAGAAGAAGGCUCUCGCCCUCGGCGCUGAGCGUAUGGUCAUUGAGGACCUCCAGCGAGAGUUCGUCGAGGAGAUUGUCUUCCGUGCCAUCCAGUGCAAUGCCAUCUAUGAGGACCGCUACCUGCUUGGUACCUCUCUGGCCCGCCCCAUCAUCGCCCGCGCUCAAGUCCGCGUUGCCCAGCAGUACAACUGCGAAUAUGUCAGCCACGGCUGCACUGGCAAGGGUAAUGACCAGGUCCGCUUCGAGCUGGCCUUCAAGGCCUGCAACCCCAAGCUCAAGGUUAUCGCCCCUUGGCGUAUGCCUGAGUUCAUUCAGCGCUUCCAGGGUCGUGCCGACCUUCUGAAGUUCGCUGCAGAGAACAACAUCCCCGUCUCAGCCACCCCAAAGGCCCCGUGGUCAAUGGACGACAACCUCGUUCACUGCUCGUACGAGGCUGGUGUUCUUGAGGACCCUGACUACACUCCUCCCAAGGAGCUCUGGACCCGCACUGUUGACCCCCAAGAUGCUCCCGACAAGCCGUACAACUUCACCAUCCACUUCGAGAAGGGCAUCCCCGUCAAGCUUGUCACUCCUGAGGGUGAGGUGACCGACUCAGUGGAGCUCUUCAAAACCCUCAACAAGAUCGGCCACGACAACGGCGUUGGCCGUAUCGAUAUCGUCGAGAACCGCUUCAUCGGUCUCAAGAGCAGAGGCUGCUACGACACUCCUGGCUUGACCAUCGCUCGUCUGGCCCAUAUCGACCUUGAGGGUCUCGUCAUGGACUCCCGCGUUCGUAAGCUCCGCGACCAAUUUGUCACCAUUGAGUGGUCGCACUGCCUCUACAACGGCAUGUACUUUUCUCCUGAACGCGAGUUCCUGGAGAACUCCAUCAUCUUCUCUCAACAAAACGUGACCGGUGAGGUCCGCAUGUCUGUUUACAAGGGCAACGCCUACGUCCUGGGCCGCAAGAGCAACACCAGCAUCCUCUACUCUCAGGAGGAUGCCUCCAUGGACUCGCUCGAGACCUUCCAGCCGAUGGACACCACUGGCUUCAUCGCCAUCCAGGGCAUUCGCCUGGAGAAGUACGGUCUGCAGAAGAUCAAGGAUGGCCAGCCUCUGAGCAAUGAUAUUGGUGUUGAAAAGUUCAAGAUCGCCAAAGCCCCAGCAGAGCUGCGAGAACCUUUGGGGCUGAGCUUCAAGCAAUUGACCAAUCAUGUCGAGCCUUCGGCAGGCCCCUGCCAUCUUGAGCCGCAUUCUGAGACCAGCAUGGUCGGACCGCGGGUUGUCAUGGCCGCCCUCCGGCCCGGUGCUGGGGCCUGCUCGAACAUAUCGUGGCCAUUGCGGCAGGGCAGCAGCAGGCUGCGCAUAAUCACGCCAGUCCUUCGCUUGAGGGUAUUUUCGUACUCCAGAUACUACUCACCAGCUGAGUCCCGCGUGUCGCCAACGCCCAACGCGCAGAAAACUGUCACCAUCAACGGCAGGUCAUACCCUACGGACUCGUGGUACAACGUCUCCUCCACCGUACUCUCCCUGACCUCGCGCAAGCUGCACCUCCAAAAGGACCACCCCGUGUCCAUCACCCGAAAGAUCAUCGAGUCUGUCUUUCCUGGCCCGACCUACAAAUACUACAACGAGUUUGAUCCGGUUGUUUCGACCCACGAGAACUUCGACUCCCUCGGCUUCCCCCCCGACCACCCGGGCCGUGCCCGCACCGACACCUACUACAUCAACCAGUCCACGCUCUUGCGUACACACACCAGCGCACACGAGGCGCAACUCUUCCGAGAAAACGAUACCGGUGGCUACCUCAUCAGUGCCGACGUCUAUCGCCGUGAUGAGGUUGAUCGCUCGCACUACCCCGUCUUUCACCAGAUGGAGGGCGCCCGUGUCUGGGACCGCCGGCUCGUGCCCAAUGGGGACUUGGUCGCGGCUGUAUAUGAGGAUCUGGAACGCCUGCCGAAGCAUAAUAUGACGGUUGAAGACCCCAACCCGCCCUUCCAUCCCGAGAGGAAUCCCCUCCAAGAGGGGCAUCAUACUCCUGAGGAGGCAGCCGCUAUUGCGGCGCAUCUGAAGCGCUCGCUGGAGUUGAUGGUUAAUGAGAUCUUUACCCGAGCGAAGGCUGCUAAUGUCGCUGCUGCGGGUGGUUCUCCGCAACAGGAUGAACCCCUACGCGUGCGCUGGGUUGAGGCCUACUUCCCCUUCACAUCACCCAGCUGGGAGCUGGAGGUACACUACAACGGCGACUGGCUGGAGAUUCUCGGCUGCGGCGUGAGCCAGCAGCACGUCCUCAACAAUGCCGGGGUCCCGCACAAGUCCGGCUGGGCCUUCGGCAUCGGACUCGAGCGUGUAGCCAUGCUCCUGUUCAAGAUCCCCGACAUCCGGCUGUUCUGGUCGCAAGACGAGCGGUUCUUGUCACAAUUCCGGGGCGUCGAGGAUGACUUAAGCAAGAUCAGGCCCUUCGUACCGUUCAGCAAGCACCCCGCUUGUUAUAAGGACGUAUCGUUCUGGCUGCCGAAGGAUGAGUUCCAUGAGAAUGAUCUGAUGGAGAUCGUGCGUGACGCAGUGGGCGAUGUGGUCGAGGAUGUGAAGAAAGUAGAUGAGUUCGUGCAUCCUAAGACGGGGAGGAAGAGCAUGUGCUAUAGGAUUAACUAUCGCAGUUUGGAGCGGACGUUGACAAAUACUGAGACGAAUGAGAUGCAUGAUCGGGUGGUUAAGGGGUUGGUGGCUAAGUUGGGGGUUGAAAUCAGGUAG